AUGGAGUGCGUCAUUUAUAUGACUGUCGAGGAUGUACGGAGACAAGCUCUAACCCUCUUCCGUAUGAGGAUGCUUGGCGCCAAGGUCGUGGCCAUCGAGUCGGGCUCGAAGACAAUGAAGGAUGCUGUUCACGAAGCAGUGAGAGAUUGACUGCAACUAUCGAAUGCUGAUCGGACGUGAAAUCAAAGCACAGAUGAAGGAGGGGACAGGGAAACUU